AUGAUACUCUUCCUGGUGGUAUACUUCGUGAACGUUAUUUCCGCAUGCAUCCCAACACAAGAAACUGAACGUAAACAACUUGGUUUUUGUUACCAUCUCAACAUAUUUCCAGCUAUCACCCUGCCAUGUUCCGCAUGUGCUCCUAUUUAUGACACCAGUUGUAUGGGAUACAAUAUUGCCAACACCCAUUGAUUGGUGCGCCAUGGUUACGGUACCAUACGCACUCACAACUGGGACACCGGAUACGUGCACAUCAACUCUCCCAUGUCCUGCUGGUACUAAACCUCAGUUUUUCGUACCUCUUGGUUGCUGCGGAGCUGAUUAUGCCGAUGGCGAUAAUGGUGCUAUCACCUGUGACGAAACAGGGGCAUCUAUGGGGGUAUGGAGAGCAUCAGUCGGCGGUGCUCCAACUGAUUUCACAAAUAUGAGAUGCCAAGUUGUAUA